AUGGCGAGCGUCGUGCUGACGUCGGCGCCGCUGACUGCGCUCCUCUUUGGCUUCCAAUUUGGCGUCUACGAAGACAUCCGGUGUCGCUUUCUCGAGGCGCGCACCGUGGAGUUGGUCACGACGUCUUCCAACCGCGCCAGUGUCUACGUCUUCCCGCCGGGCUUUCGGCCCAUCUACGACAGCGACGAUCCGACAAUGCCUAUUACCUUCCUGUCCCCGUACACACUCGGCUUAGCUCGCGAUUGCUUGCGCGAUGCGCGACUUCCACUGCAUCUUGCGAUCUACGAAGGCGACUUCUCCGUGACGCGGCGCAUUCUGGCCUGUCGCCCAGACCUCGCCUCCGCCGAGGCCAUCGACGUCGCCUUCUGCCACAGCCGCUUUGAGAUUGCCUCGUACCUCAUGACCUUACGCCAGCAUCUACCGCAGCUUGGCGAGCACUUGUUUCCGUGGACACCAAACGGCUACGACACCCAUCUUGAGCUGCUGCGAGCGUACACGCGCAAAGGGUGGACAGACAAUACCUUGCGCAAGGCCCUCCUCAUGCGCUCGUUGGACGUCGCAACGUUCCUCUACUCGCAAAUGCCCGAGACGCACUUUGCUGAGCUCGUGAACGAGGCAGCCUGCAGUGGCAUGCUCGCAUUCGUUCAGAUGCUCCAUCGCGAUGGCCAUACGUGCUCCAUCGACGCCGUCGAGCAAGCUAUUAAGAGUGACCACCUCGACGUCGUCCGUUUUCUCCUUGAGGAGUGUGGAGCCGGGCCACGCCAGUACACCAUUGUGGUGGCGGCAGCCUACAACCGACGCGACAUCGUCGCAUACCUCCUCUCACUGGACGACGACAGCCUUCAAGUCCAGGUCGCGUUCGCUGCAGCACUGCGCCGUAGCCACGUGGAUAUUGUGGAGCAGCUCUUGGCCUCCGGUCGGGUCUCGCGCCUGAGCGUCGCGCGCUGUCUUCUCUCGCACGGCUUCCGCCUUGACGUCGCCUCCAUUGACGCCAACCUCCUUCGCACGUACACCGACGACACAGCGCCGCUACUCGACCUUUUCCGCGAAUUUGGUAUCGAACCGCCGACAACCGCCAUGUAGCAGUGUGUAAUUUCUUAUUCCAAGUGAACAGUCCGCCUCACGCAGCCCAUUAGCCAAGUCAAUGACACUCGCACAUCAUCGCUAGUAGGAUUACAUCGUCGCGCUUCACACAUGUAGUAAACCCUUAUCUCAAAACGACAUGAAACUCUGCA